AUGUCCAACCAAACCAUCGUGACUGAAUUCCUUCUCCUGGGAUUCUCUGACAUGCGGGAAGAGCAGAUUUUACACUUCCUGGUGUUUCUAGUGAUUUACCUCCAUGGUGGGAAUCUUCUCAUCAUCACCAUCAUAGCCUUCAACCAGCACCUUCACACCCCCAUGUACUUUUUCCUGGGCAACUUAUCCUUCCUAGACCUCUGCUACAUUUCAGUCACGGUUCCCAAGUCCAUGUCUGACUCCCUAACCAACAACAGACUCAUCUCUUUCUCUGGAUCUGUCACCCAAGUCUUUCUGGUUAUAACUUUUACAGCAGCAGAACUGGCCUUUCUCAUGGUGAUGGCGUAUGACCGCUACAUUGCAAUCUGCCGACCUCUACAUUACAAGGUGACUAUGAACAGAGGUGCAUGUGCCCAGUUGGCAGUUGGUUCAUGGAUCAGCAGCAUGAUGUGCUCUGUAUUACACACAACUAAUACCUUUAGGUUACAUUUCUGUAGGUCCAAUGUUAUCUCUCAGUUUUAUUGUGAUAUCCCACAGUUGCUAAAGAUCUUUUGUUCAGAUAUACAUACUAAUGUGAUAGUCAUGACUGCCCUUGGAUCACUUCUAGAUGUGGUCUGCUUUGUGUUGAUAAUUGUGUCGUACAUUCACAUCUUCUCCACGGUGAUGAGAAUCCCCUCUGAGCAGGGCAGGUACAAAGCCUUCUCCACCUGCAUCCCACACCUGGUUGUUUUUUGUUUAUUUAUCAGUACAGCAUCAUUUACGUACAUGAGGCCCAGGUCGAUGUCUUCAACAUCUCUAGACCUGAUGGCUGCUGUGUUGUAUUGUGUGGUGCCACCACUAAUGAAUCCAAUCAUUUACAGUCUAAGAAACAAAGAGAUAAAAAGGUCUCUAUGGAAAAUGAUAGGCAGGAUUUUUUUUUCUCAGGAGGAAUGA